AUGCAAGAUUUACCACCUAUAGGAGGGUACGAUCCAAUCCAAUGGAAAAGAAAUUUACCAUCAAGAGGUUUCAGUGGAACAACAUAUUUUUGGGGUAUAUUCACAAUAAUGUCAUUUGGAUUUUAUAGAUAUUAUAAAGGAGUAAAUGAACAAAGAGAAUUAACAAGAGAAAAGAAAUGGGCAAGAUUUUAUUUAGAACCUUUAUUAGUUGCUGAAGAUGAUAGAAAUUUAGUAAGACGUUAUUUUGCUGAAAUUGAAAGAAAAAAAUUAGUUUCUGAAGAUAUUAAAGAUCCUGAAUUGAAAUCAAAAGUUGAAAAACCUAUUUAUAAUGAUGAUAGUAAAUUUAGAUUUCCUAGAUAUGGAUUUUAA